CACACGCAAACAUGGCGGCCAACAUAGAGCAAAUUUUCCAAGAUUUUAUAUUGAAUAAAAUCAGAGAAAUUGAAGACCAGAAUGAAGACAAAGCUGCCGCCGAAGGAGUGGAUGCUGGCGAUGACAUGGAUGCAGCUAAGACUGCCGCUUCAGAGAGAGACAAGCGGGAAGACUUAAAGGGCAGUGGUUCGCAAAAGAAACAUAAGAAGCACAAAAAACACAAAAGUAAGAAGAAGAAGAGGAACCGAGAGAGGGAGGCGAGGGAGAGCAGUUCAGAGUCUGGGGCAGAAUUGGAAGGACAAACCAAACAUCAGUCAAGAAGAGGAACACCAACAGAGACGAAUAAAGAGCAAGGUGAGAAUAAGGAGAGUAAGUCCAGAUGCCACAAAGGGCGCUCGACAGGAAAGAGGAAGAAGAAGAAGAGAAGGCGGAAAGAUGAAGAGAACUCAUCAGAUUCCGACUCAAAGCAGAGGGAUAGUAAAUGUGGUCAAAGCUCCUCGCCAAGGCGACGAGAGGAGUUGCCUGAUAUCAUCCCAAAACAGGACAGCUCCAAUAAAGGAAGAGAUGAGGAAAGACACGGCAUCAGGAGUUGUCGUUCCCGGUCACGGUCGCGUUCCUAUUCUCACUCACAUUCCUGCUCUGUGAGGAGGAACUCUCACUCUCGUUCUAGACACCACCGCCGAAGAUCUAGGACUCGCUCCCUAUCCAGUUCACACCGCCACAGGACCCGGUCCAGGUCCUGCGAGAAGAGGGGAACUUUAGAUGAAUCCAUAGAGUCCACCCAAGGUCCUUCAAAAGGCGUCCAGGCCCCUCAUCUGGCCUCCAGCCCUACCAGAAACACAGUAGCCGUGGAGCUGACAGAGUCAAGCACCGGGCUGCAGAACCCUAAAGAAAGUGAAAAGCCAGCAGAGGAGAAAGCAGAGGACACAGCACAAAAACUAGGUUCUGGCGCAUCCCUGUCCACGCUGAACUCCAUAUCUACUGAACCAGACCAGACCACUGAGUCCAGCUUCCCUCAGCUUAAAGCAUCGGAACAUCCCAGGUCCUCUGCAUCUCAUGUGAAAUCACCAGCAAGGAAGAAGAGGAAACCCUCCAAGUCCCCACAGAGGAAAAAAGAAGCAAAGUCAUCAACGAGGCAGAAAAGAUCCAUGUCGCCAUGUAGGAGCCACAGACGGGGCUCCAGAUCCAGAUCCAGAUCCAGGAGCCCUUCAAAGAACAAGAGAUCACGGUCGAGGUCAGGGGGCCGGAGGUCGCGGAGGUCACGCUCACGGUCGGUGUCACGGGGUCGGAGGAGGGCUACAUACAGCCAGAGGGACCGCUGGAAACGAGAGCCGAGUCACUCCCCUGUACUCAUCCUCCGCAAAAAUAGAACCCCGACCCGGAAAAACUGCAGUUCGGGAAAGAGCCCUCAACGCAUUAGUGAACUGGAUAAGGAUCAGUUGUUGGAAAUAGCCAAGGCCAAUGCUGCUGCCAUGUGUGCCAAAGCAGGAAUGCCCAUCCCUGCCAGCCUGAGGUCCACAAUGCUUCCUCUGGCUCUGCCAAGUAUGGCCAUGAAUGCUGCUAUGGCCAGUAUGACUGCUGCCACCAUGACAGCAGCCUUGUCCAACAUGGGCACCCUGUCCUCACUGCUCCCACUGCCCUCCAUUACCAACAAGCCACCUCCAGCCCCUGCUCAAUCCAACAUAGCUGCAUUGGAGGAAGUGAAGAGGAAAGUAGCGAAGCAGGCCAACAGCAUCAGCAUUAAGGAGUUUACUGAUAAAUGCAAGAUGAUUGUGGACAGUAAAGGAGAGCUUCCGGUUGCAAUGCCUCAUGUUUCGGACGAAGAGGAUGAUGGGAAACCCUUUGGAGGAUCAGCUCUUCGAGAGCAAAAAGCCAUCAGCUUCAGCAUCAACAACGCGACAGUCCGUCCAUCAGUGCGUAGUGACGCAGGCAUGGCGAAGGAGUUUCCUGUCUCUUCAGGAUGCCAACAUCGUAAGAAGGAGGGCGAGGCACUGGGCGCCUACGGAGAAUGGGUUCCGGUUGACAAAACCGCAGACAAAGCUGCAGCUGCCUCCAGAAAGGCCCUGACCGCCGUUCCCACAGAGACUGCCGCCUCAUCAUCAGGUGAAACGGCAAUAGCAGCUGGAUUACCAGAGGACGUCGAACAGCCAGAUAAUGACAGUGUUUUUCCUGACCCAGUACUGCAGCCAGUAGAUAUCUCUCAGGCUGUAACUGAGAGAAUCAAAGCUCAGAGGCGAUUGGCUGAGAACCCCUAUGAUGUCAGCGCCAUCUGUAUGCUCAGCCGGGCCCAGGAGCAGGUGGAUGCUUGGGCCCAGUCCAACACUGUUCCUGGUCUUUUCACUGGUACGACUGGAGCCCAGAUCCUCAGCUCGGAGGAGCUGUCCACAGGUGGACCACAAGCGUGGCUGAAGAAGGACCAGUUCCUCAGGGCAGCUCCAGUAUCCGGGGGUGUUGGGGAGUUCCUGAUGAGAAAGAUGGGCUGGAAGACCGGAGAGGGUCUUGGGAGGAACCGCGAGGGUACCGUGGAGCCAAUCAUUAUCGACUUCAAGGUCGACCGCAAAGGACUAGUUGCUGAAGGAGAGAAGCCACAGAAGCAGACAGGAGGACUGGUGGUGACCAAGGAUCUAAUGGGGAAGCACCCGGUGUCUGCUCUCAUUGAGUUGUGUAACAAGAGACGGAUAAUGCAGCCGGAUUUUGUCAUGGUUCAUCACAGCGGUCCCGACCACCGCAAGAAUUUCCUCUUCAAGGUCACAGUGAACGGAGUGGACUACCAACCCCAGACAGCCAGUCCCAAUAAGAAGCAUGCCAAGGCCAUGGCAGCUACAGUUGCCCUACAGGCUCUAGGAGAGGUUCCUGUUGAUGGACCAGGACUCUACACUGGCCCUGUCUUCACUGCUGCUUCUACUGGCCCCCUUUUCUCUACAUAGACUUACACACAACAGUAUUAUAUUCUACAUCGUUCAGCUGUUUGUCUGUGAUCUCACUUCAUUUGUGGGACACUGACAGAAAAAGUCAUUGAAUAAGCGGUCUGCCGAUGCCACUCUGGUGGCUUAUUUAUAUACUAAGAAAUUAAUAAUAUGCUAGACACAUGACAGUGAGAAUCAUGAAGACAAGUCUGGCUUGAAAUCACACAUCUUUGUAUUGAAGCAUUUGUGAUUGAUUUUAUACCCACAAAAGUACACUUUUUUUUUCUUUUCAAGUCAAAAUGUUCAUCAUAGGAUUGUAAAUAUAUGUUUGCCAGGGCGUUAGGAUUGGGAAAGGGUCUCCAUCGUAUUAAAAGUGGAUGGUAUGUAUGAUAAUAGUAGCAUUUCAGCCUGCUAUGUAUUAGCUGACCAACACUUAAGCCUAGACCAGAAAACGAUUUCCUCUGCUAUGGAUUUGUUGUUUGUAAGAGCUGUAAAUCUGUAAAUGACUGUCUCUUGUUGGUUAGCAACCUUUCUGUUGGUCCUGACAUUACAUUUGUGGCCUGGUCUCCUCCUAACAAAAUGUUUCUCAAAACUAAAAGCUUUUAAACUUUAUGAAAAGAAACCUUCUAAACUGUGUAAACAAAUAAAGUUAUAUUUAUGUUAUGUAGUAGAGGAAGCCACAUUAUGUUUCUUUGUAACAAUGCCUGUUGAAUGUGAUUCAAGACAUUCAUGAGAUUGGGAGGGUGCGACCUCCACUGGGAAGUGGGGGUUUCCCCCACCUCCCUGCCCUCAGCACACAAGCACUCCACGCAGGAGUCGCUAAUGCGAUGACAACACCUCUCGCCAUCUUCCCAUCUGCAAACACUGCCAGGGGCACUACUGUUGAACACUAAAGCCGGGUAUCUGCUGUUCCCCUGCUGACUACUUGUCUAAAGGCCUAAUUUACUCUUCUGUGUUGAUGACAGAUCUGAUAAAUUCCCACACGUUUGUACCUCUGGGGAGCGACGAAAGAGUUUGACCUUGAUUUUUCAGUAUUUUUGUGAAAAAGGCUCGUAUCUCUCUGUGCCACAGAGAUUCACCGUCUUUUUAUCCAAAAACCUCCAGGGUCGUUGGAGGCCAAGACUGUACGACCGCUGAUGACAUUGUCACGAGGCCAAAUGUGAGCGUUUCAGAUAUUUAUUCACAGAUCAAACAAACAUUUAAUAAAAGUCAAAUGGA